AUGGCGGUGAGAUUCCAGGUGCUGGACAUGGAGGAGCUGACCAUCUGGGAACAGUACACUGCCACGAUCAGCAAGGACCCCCGCCGAGGCUUUGGCAUCGCAAUCUCUGGUGGCCGAGACCGGUCCGGUGGAUCUGUGGUUGUAUCCGAUGUGGUGCCUGGAGGGCCGGCUGAGGGCUGGCUACAGACAGGGGACCACAUUGUCAUGGUGAAUGGGGUCUCCAUGGAGAGUGUCACCUCCACCUUCGCCAUUCAGAUACUCAAGACCUGCACAAAGAUGGCCAACAUUACGGUGAAGCGUCCCCGGAAAGUCCAGGUGCCCGCCACCAAGGUCACUUCUGCCCCGGGACACCAGAACUCAGAUGAGGAAGACAGGCUGCAGCAUUUGGAGGAGGCUGACCACGGCCGGGGCUACGAUGGGGACACGUCCAGCGGCUCUGGCCACUCCUGGGGCAAGCGCUCCCGUCGGCCAAGGGCAGGUCGCCGGAGCCGGGCCAGCAGCCAUGGGCGCAGGAGCCCAGGUGGCGGCUCUGAGGCCAACGGGCUGGCCCUGGUGUCUGGCUUCAAGCGGCUGCCACGGCAGGACGUGCAAAUGCGGCCCGUGAAGUCCGUGCUGGUGCGGAAGAGAGAGAGUGAUGAUUUUGGGGUCAAACUGGGCAGUCAGAUCUUCAUCAAGCACAUCACAGAUUCGGGCCUGGCUGCCCAGAACAGUGGGCUUCAUGAAGGAGACCUCAUCCUCCAGAUCAACGGGGUGUCCAGUGAGAAUCUGUCACUGAGUGACACACGGCAACUGAUUGAGAAAUCAGAAGGGAAACUGACUCUGCUGGUGCUCAGGGACCGAGGCCAGUUCCUGGUGAAUAUCCCUCCGGCCGUCAGCGACAGCGACAGCUCCCUCCUGGAGGACAUCUCAGACCUCGGCUCAGAACUGUCCCAGGCACCACCAUCUCACAUCCCACCGCCACCCCAGCAUGGGCAGCAGAGUCCAGACACCAGCCGAACCAACUCCCCCGUGGAGAGCCACCGGCUUCGGCGGGAAAGUUCAGUGGAUUCUAGGACCACGUCAGAACCGGACUCCCCGAGGCCAAGAAACUAUGACAUCUACAGGGUGCCCAGCGGUCAGAGUGUGGAGGACCACGGGUACAGCCCAGACUCGAGGGUGGUCCGCUUCUUCAAGGGCACGAACAUCGGGCUGCGGCUGGCCGGAGGCAAUGACGUGGGCAUCUUUGUGUCCGGGGUUCAGGCGGGCAGCCCGGCUGACGGGCAGGGCAUCCUGGAGGGAGAUGAGAUUCUGCAGGUGAAUGAUACCCCGUUCCAGAACCUGACCCGGGAGGAGGCUGUGAACUUCCUGUUGGGGCUGCCAGUUGGCGAGGAAGUGGAGCUAGUGACACAGCGCAAGCAGGACAUCUUCCAGAAGAUGGUGAGGUCUGGCUUGGGCGACUCCUUCUACAUCCGCACGCACUUUGAGAUGGAGCCCAGCCCGCCAUCCGGCCUGGGCUUUACCCGCGGAGACGUCUUCCACGUGCUGGACACGCUGUACCCCGGCGCUGGGCAGAGUCCCGCCCGGGGAGGCCAGUGGCUGGCAGUGCGCAUGGGGCGUGACCUCCGGGAGAAGGAGCGGGGCAUCAUCCCCAACCAGAGCAGGGCUGAGCAGCUGGCCAGUCUGGAGGCUGCCCAGCGGGCUGUGGGGGUCAUACCUGGAGCCUCAGCGGGCUCCAACUCACGGGCCGAGUUCUGGCGGCUGCGGGGUCUUCGUCGGGGAGCCAAGAAGACAGCCCAUCGGAGCCGUGAGGAUCUGUCGGCUCUGACCAGACAGGGUCACUACCCACCGUACGAGCGCGUGGUCCUGAGAGAAGCGAGUUUCAAGCGCCCGGUGGUGAUACUGGGACCCGUGGCCGACAUUGCUAUGCAGAAGUUGACAGCUGAGAUGCCUGACAAGUUUGAAAUUGCAGAGAGCGUGUCAAGGACUGAGAGCCCUUCCAAGAUCAUCAGACUGGACACCGUGCGGGUGAUUGCGGAGAAAGACAAGCACGCACUCCUGGAUGUGACACCCUCAGCCAUUGAGCGCCUCAACUACGUGCAAUACUACCCCAUCGUGGUCUUCUGUGUUCCUGAGAGCCGCACAGCCCUCAAAGCCCUGCGCCAGUGGCUGGCCCCCACCUCCCGCCGCAGCUCCCGCCGCCUCUACGCCCAGGCCCAGAAGCUGAGGAAGUACAGCGACCACCUCUUCACAGCCACCAUCCCCCUGCAAGGUACGAGUGACUCCUGGUACCAAGAGCUCAAGGCCGUCAUCCAGGAGCAGCAGACGCGGCCCAUCUGGACGGCUGAGGACCAGCUGGACAGCUCCUCAGAAGACAACCUGGACCUCCCCCACCACGGGCUGGCGGACAGCUCCGCGGACCUGAGCUGCGACAGCCGGGUCAACAGCGAUUAUGAGACAGAUGGCGAGGGCAGCGUCUACACGGACGGUGAAGGCUACACGGAUGGCGAGGGUGGGCCCCACACAGACGUGGAUGAGGGGCCCCGGGUGCCAGCCCUGGCCCGGUCCUCAGAGCCCGUGCUGGGGGAUGAGCCCUGGAUCCCGCAGGAUCAUGGGAGACCCUCCGGUCCCCGGGGAGCCCAGAUGGACAGCCGCCACCCACAGGGUCAACGGCGACAAGACAGCAUGCGGACAUAUGAGAGGGAAGCUCUGAGGAAAAAGUUUACACGAGCCAGAGAUGUGGAGUCCUCUGAUGAAGACGGCUACGACUGGGGACCAGCCACUGACCUGUGA